CACAUCAAACAGUCCCUCCACAACCCACAUAACCAGCACAAUGUCCUCCUUCGCCUUCUCUUUUGGCGGCGACGACAUAGAAGAAACAGCCGACGACCUCUCCAACCUCUCCCUCUCCUCCCCACCACCCGCAGAAACCGGCACCCUCACCCCCCGCCGCGCUUCCUCCGCCUUCCCCGUCGCCAACCAACCCCUCCUCCCUGCCACCACCCACUCUCUGUCUUCGCUUCUCACCGGGCUGCCUAGUAAAAUUGCAUACAGUACCCUUCCCAUCACCGUCGAUGGCGCACCUACUAUCGCCCUCCCGCGGCGCGAGCUAUGGGAUGUGCGGGUCCAGCUGAUGGCUGAGGAUGAGGAGGUCGGGCUUGGGAGUGCGGAUGUGAAGACAGGUAUUUAUGAGGGGGGGUUUAAGAGUUGGGAGAGUAGUGUGGAUUUGGUGCGCGAGUUGGCUGGGGAGGGGUUGAACGACCGGAGGAGGUUUUUAGAGCUUGGGUGCGGUACGGCAUUACCUAGUCUGGCGAUCUUGCAACGACACCUUGAGAAAGAUGGAGAGAAGGGGAAACUGGAACUCGGCUUCGCGGACUACAACCCCAGCGUCCUGCGACUGGUGACUGUCCCGAAUAUCCUCCUCACAUGGGCGGCAUUACGCCCCACCCCCGACGACGCCGAGCCCUUCGAAGAAGAAGGCGAGCUCGACAUCGACGAAGACCUCAUCAGCGAAUUCACAUCCGACCUCACCGCGCAAGGUGUGACGUUCUCCUUCUUCUCCGGCGCAUGGGGCACGGAAUUCGCAACUCUCGUCGAAGCUGCGCCCCGCGACACCAGCGCGGAGCUGUUAGUCCUUGCUGCAGAGACGAUAUACUCGCCUGCUGCGCUAGAGAGUUUUGCGGAGGUGCUGAUGAGGAUUUUAGGGACGGAGAAGGGGGGUGGAGCGAUGGUGGGCGCGAAGAAGGUGUAUUUUGGGGUUGGGGGGUCGAUGGAGGAUUUCGUUGUUAGGGUGGAGGGGUUGGGGGGCUUGGUGGAGAGGAUUAGGGAGGAGGAGGAAGGGGUGAGGAGGGAGGUUGUUAUGGUGAGAACGAAGGAAGAGACCAAGGCUUGAGAUUCGUGAGUGAAGAAGCAUUGUCUGGAGUCAGAGUAGAUCUCGGUUAGCGUGAAUAACCCAGCAGCGGCAGCUACAUAAUAAUAUACGAUAGCUUUGCUGGAAACUUACAAAGGCCCAAAAUUGAUGGAGUGACCGGCUAAACCUCAGAUCUUCCACAACAAUGGCGGUCUUUGUACUCUGAAGCUGGCACAUGUGGAUGCCAAAAGCAUAAUGUGGCAUGUGGAGGACUCGUGCAUGGUAAUGCUUUGUUGGAGAUCUACAAUGCCGAAUGCGUCUACGGUAC